AUGAGGUUCUCACAACUAUUCAUAAACCUAACCCUCUCCACCUCCAUCGCGGCCUCGACUACCAACAACUAUUCAACAUGGAUGGCUGACAGCAUCAUAUCCCGCGGCCAAGGAAUCGCCCCCGAGACUCCUACGGCAUCUACAUAUUUACAAAUCGGCAUUGUGCAAAAUGCGCUACUCCAACUCAUACACUCACCUAUGGUAUCCCACGACGCCAAAGAGAAGUAUCGAGCAUAUGUGCAGCAGGGUACCGAGAGUAUUCUGGACAGACUACUUAAUGCUUCACAAGAUACUUUGUACCCCUUAGACCGCUUUUCGUUGGGUAGGGGGCUGUUGGCGGAGUACCUUGAUGAUCAAGACAAGCAAAAUGUGAAAGAGGGCUUGGACGCGUUGAAUGAGUCUAUUGCCCUGCAGCCGCGGAAUCAAUACGGUGGAUUAUGGUACUUCACAUACCCUAACUGGAGCUAUCUAGACGGAAUGUACUCCUACGCCUCCUUUGCGUCUCUGUACACUACCCAUUUUGAUCCGCGCUCUACAUUAGAGGCUUCUCGCGACAUUAUCGACCAGUUGGACUUGCUCUGGUCUCACUGCUUCGACAACACCACGGGUCUGCUUUUCCACGGCUACGAUGCGUCCAAAACAGCCGUGUGGGCGAACCCCAUCACCGGCGCAAGUCCAAUUGUCUGGGGGAGGGCACUGGGGUGGUAUUUCAUGGCGCUAGUUAAUUGGCUUGAAGCAAAUACGUCCUCGCAGUCGGAUUCCUCGCAAUGGCGACAUGCUCGGUCACGAUUUGUAUCUCUUGCGGACGCGCUUGUCAAAGCCGCGGAUCCUGUCUCGGGGGCAUGGUGGCAAGCCCUAAACUAUCCCGGACGCGAAGGAAAUUACAUCGAGUCCAGCGGGAGCGCCAUGUUUGUCUAUGGCCUAUACAAGGGAGCCCGACUGAACUAUUUACCACAGCAGCAAGUAUAUCGGAAAAUAGCAGAUAAGGCAUAUGCGUAUCUUGCUAGUACGUUUGUGGUGAAUAAUCACAAUGGAACGCUAGGUUGGAAUGGGACGGUGUCGGUGUGUAGUCUGAAUUCCACGGCGGAUUACGAGUACUAUGUGACACAGCCGUUAUUGUAUGAUAGUGUGCAUGGAUCGGCGUCGUUUGUGCUUGCGAGUUUGGAAAAUGAGAUGCAGCUUUAA